AUGACAACUAACACCACUGCAGAUACAGACCCAUCUCCCGAUGAUACCCAAGGCCUCUUACACGGCAACGCAGUAAUCGAAGCCGGCGGCAGCGAUGAAGAUGGUGAAUUCUCCGCCAGCGAGUUUGAUCCCGACGAUUCUUCAAGUCUCCGUUCCUCUUCAACAUCCAUAAGCUCCAGUAUUCUCGAACACAGCUAUCAAAACGGUCGUCGAUAUCAUCGUUAUCGCCAUGGACGGUAUCCGUUACCGAACGAUGAGGUUGAGCAGAAUCGUGAGGAUAUGCUUCAUACGAUGAUGUUGGAAGCUACAGAUGGACGGUUAUUCUAUGCGCCCGUUGGGGAUAAUCCGCAGAAGAUAGCGGAUUUGGGUACUGGUACGGGGAUAUGGGCUAUUGAGAUUGGUGAGAAAUAUCCAAGUGCUGAAGUGUUGGGGUUGGAUCUAAGUCCAAUACAACCGACAUGGGUACCUCCAAACGUCAAAUUUUAUGUGGAUGAUAUCGAAGAUGAAUGGCUCAACGGCGAUGACUUUGACUUUGUUCAUCUCCGCAACAUGAUCCCAAUCCUCAAAUCACCUGUAACACUCCUCAAGCAAGCUUAUGCAAAUAUGAAACCCGGUGCCUGGGUAGAACUGCAAGAUGUAGACGGUCAAGUCCACACAGAUGACAACAGUAUUCCCGACGAUUGGCCCCUAAAACGCUUCACGGAAAUCAUCCUUCAAGCAUUUGCCCUCUACGAAACAAACGCACACGCCGCUGUAUUCGGAGGUCAAUAUCUCGCUGAAGCAGGAUUUGUUAAUAUAAAACAUAAUUAUAUUAAAUUGCCUUAUGGGACAUGGCCAAAAGACAAGUAA